CCCACUUUUCAAAAAUAUCUCACACACACUACCACCAUGACCAUAAAUAUCCUAUCCAUUUCCUCCCUCCUCCUCCUCCUCGUCGCCGCUGUGACGGCCGACUCAUCAGAUCCCUUAAUCCGCCAAGUAGUCCAAGAUGUUGAAACGGAAAUCGAAUCCGACCCGUUACUUAACCCGGAACACCAUUUCAAGCUAUUUAAAAACAAAUUUGGAAAGACUUAUGACACAGAUGAAGAACACGAAUACCGUUUGACUGUUUUUAAGUCAAACUUACGACGUGCUAAACGUCAUCAGCUGCUUGAUCCAACAGCCAAACACGGAGUUACUAAGUUUUCGGAUUUAACUCCUUCUGAAUUUAGAAAGAAAUAUUUAGGAUUAAAAAGUAAAUUGAAACUUCCAGCUGAUGCUAACAAAGCACCUCUUCUUCCUACUGCUAACCUUCCUGAAGAUUUUGAUUGGCGUGAUAAAGGCGCCGUUACUCCCGUCAAAAAUCAGGGUUCAUGUGGAUCAUGCUGGUCGUUUAGUACAACAGGAGCUUUGGAGGGAUCUCACUUUCUUCAAACUGGGGAGUUGGUUAGCUUGAGUGAACAACAGCUUGUGGACUGUGAUCAUGAGUGUGAUCCUGCAGAAUACAAUUCAUGUGACUCGGGUUGCAAUGGUGGGUUGAUGAACAAUGCAUUUGAGUACAUAUUGAAGGCAGGUGGUGUCCAAAAAGAAGCGGAUUAUCCUUACACCGGAAAGGAUGGUACCUGCAAAUUUGACAAGUCUAAGAUUGCUGCCUCCGUGUCCAACUUCAGCGUCGUAUCCACUGACGAAGACCAAAUCGCUGCUAACCUUGUCAAAAAUGGCCCUCUUGCAAUUGGGAUCAAUGCGGCUUGGAUGCAAACAUACAUCGGUCAAGUAUCAUGUCCAUACAUUUGCUCAAAGACAAGAAUGGAUCAUGGUGUGCUUCUUGUCGGGUAUGGGUCUGCAGGGUAUGCCCCUCUGAGGUUCAAAGAGAAGCCAUAUUGGAUCAUUAAGAACUCAUGGGGAGAGGACUGGGGAGAGGAGGGAUACUACAAGCUUUGCAGUGGUUACAAUGCUUGUGGGAUGGACACCAUGGUCUCUGCUGUUGUUUCUACAAACACUUGAAGAUCUUUAUUUCUAAUGCGGAUUUGAUGGUCGGUCGCAUUUGUAAAUAUGUAUAAGCUAUGAUGUAUCCUUGUUAAAACUGUAUGGCCCUUAAUUAAUGCCAUGAAGUACCAACAUGACAUGGCUUGAAUUAGCUCAUGGUCUGUACGUUUGGUCUUAUGUAGUUUCGGUUUAUGUUUUUAAUUUCUAGCAUAAUGUGGGGAUCAAACAAUUUGGAACCUUUUUAUUUAGAAAACUUUGGUUUCCAUCAA